UGUUUCCACCCAGUCUGCACUGAGGCUCAGAGACAGGAGCUGGUGGUUACAUAGCUGACAGCCGGCGGCAGGGGGAGGAUGGAGAUGCCGGAAAAACAGCUAACGACGGACCUUCGUCUCCGGAGCGGCAGACCAUGAUUGAGAUGUUACAAGUCACAGAGCUGAAUACCAAAUUGACUUCCACUAUCAAGAGAUAGCCAGUCUGCUGGAUGGAGACUCAGGAGGAAUGACAGAGUCUCUUCCCCCUCGGGUGACACACCGACAGUCUGAGAAAAUGCACUGGGGCGGUGGAUACAUUUCUCUGGUCCUGGCGUCCCUUAUCGCCUCCAACACCACCGGGGCCUUAUCGGUGGACACAGAUGGAAACCGUACAGAGAGCGGCAACGUGACAGAAGGCGGGUUUGUCCCAGUUGUGUUCACUAAAGUGAGCCAGAUAAUUGCCCGGGAGGGGAGCUGUGCGCUGAUUGAUUGCAAUGUCACCGGAGAGCCAUUCCCUAGUGUUCAGUGGUUCAACUCCCAUGGUGACCGUCUGGACACGGAGGCGAACGGUGACAAGUGGUGCUUGCUGGACUCUGGCGUCCUCAACAUCACCAGCAUCGAGUUCGCAGACCGUGGAAAGUACACCUGCAUGGCGUCCAACGUGCACGGCAGCACCAACUGCACAGUGACGCUGCGAGUGGUCUUCACUAACGGCGACAUGGGCGUGUACUACAUGGUGGUGUGUCUGGUGACCUUCACCAUCAUCAUGGCCCUGAACGUCACACGCCUCUGCAUGAUGAGCAGCCACCUGAAGAAGACGGAGAAAGCCAUCAACGAAUUCUUCCGCACGGAGGGCGCCGAGAAGCUGCAGAAGGCCUUCGAGAUCGCCAAGCGAAUCCCCAUCAUCACCUCAGCGAAGACGCUGGAGCUCGCCAAGGUGACGCAGUUCAAGACCAUGGAGUUCGCGCGGUACAUCGAGGAGCUGGCUCGCAGCAUCCCGCUGCCGCCGCUCAUCAUGAACUGCCGCACCUUCAUGGAGGAGAUCCUGGAGGUGGUGGGGGUGGAGGAGAUGAGGCACACCUUCCUCAGGCAGGCAGGCGAGACGGCGAGCAGGGCCAUCGGGGCGAGGGAUGUCUUCACCAUCCUGCAGGAGAGGGAGAGAGAGCGAGGGCGGGAGAGGGAGCGCAGCGAGUCCCCCGCCGCCGACUCGGACAACUCCUCAGUUCACGAGCAGCCGCAGCACAUCGCCAUCCAGGUGUCGGUCCACCCGCAGCUCGCCGUCGGCGGUUACUGCAGCAUCGAAGCUCCGCCUCAGCCAGAAGCCACACCCUCCUUGCCUCCCCCCUCCUGCCCGCCGCCGCUCUCUCCUCCCAGCAGCCAGGAGCAGCCUGAGGCGGAGGGAGAGCAGGACGCCGACCAGGCUGCGCCCGAACCGACAGACGCAAAUAAGACCCCUUCUUGCCAGGUGUUUUACGAAAGCCACGUGUGACGACAUGACAAACCCUGGAGGAGCGACGAGUUAUCCUGCUAUGCAUUUCCACUUGAAGACAAAAAGGUCAAGACAUUUUUGAUUUCACAUUUUGGAAGAAACAAUCACAUUUUUAUUUAUCUUUUCUGAACGGAACAAUCUUUAAACCUUUGUAGGCCGAGAAUAAAUCAUCGUGAGGUUUUUAGACACUCUGGAUUUUCAUGCUUGAAUGUACACGGGACGGGGAAUCAAUAUUAUUAUUAAUGUAAUAAGCAGCGAAUUGUAAAGGAACAUUUCCUGUGUUGAGAUUUUCAUAGCUAUUAUUUAAAGGAAUUAGGGUACGUCACUCUCGGGGGUCAAAUGACUUUUCAGUUUUUAGUUUCUUACAGUGCUAGGGUUUUUACGACUAACUCCAGAAAUCUGCCUCAAGCUGCUCUUCAUGACGAUGAAAGCUAAGCUUCCUUCAUCCACUCAAGAAUUCACAUCCAGCUACUGUUACAGCCGAUCCGCGGUCAUUGUACAACGUCCUGCUCACCUAGAGAUGCAUGCUGGACUGACAAAAAGAGAGUGUGGUCACCAUUUCAUGAUUGUACGGCCUACUGUAUUUCUACAAAAAAACAAGUAAGCCAGGUAACUCUAUGUGCGUACAGUAUAUUUCCUGAUCGGGUCACACACACACCUCUGGGUAGUUACUGUCCGUUUCCUUUGAAAUAUUUUAAAGAGUAUUAUUAUUAUUACCCAUCGUGGUGUGGUUUUGUUGCUCAGCUAGUUUAAACAUUAUUUUUGUUUUCUUUCUCCUCAGUAGAGAAGAGUAGCUUUUUGUUUCCUUCCCUCCGCCAUGUGCUGUUUUAGGUUUUUAAUUUACUGCCAGACCUGAUCUCAGCAUCGUCUUGCUUCUGCAGAGGCUUUACAGUACAGUUGUGUUUCUGCUGCAUGUCAAAGUGGACACUGGGACUACAAGGACUCUUUUCUUUCUUCCUUUGCUUGGCUAACAGUCCAGUCUGUGGCGGAGAUGAACUGGGUGCUGUUCUGCUUUUACUGGUGCUCUUGAGAUGGCUCUUUUUUGUAGUGGAAUAAAAUGAAAGUGCUGUGUAAAAAA